AUGUCGCUUCCCGCGAACAUUAACACCGCGGCUAGAACACCUUACUCGGAGGCAGCCAGUCUUGAGCAUUACAGUAGUAAAUCGGUGAAUGAGCUUAAGAUUCUGGCUAAGAUUCAUGGCAUUCCUGAUGGUGCAGAACCGAGGGACAUUGUCGCGAUUCUGAUGGAGAAAGAUCGAGUGAACGGUGUGUGGCCUGGUAUGUUUGAGGAUCCUGAAAAAGAAGAUACCAAAGGUUCGCGUGUCGCGCCAGUCAAGCAGACCUCAGAGGAGACUGAGACACGUUCUGAGACCAACAUCGCCACUAGAGGACAAUCCAAAUCUGCUUCAGUUGCUACCGUCCUCAAUAACGAUAAGAUCGCCGAAACUCCAACAGCCGCCAUGGCCACGACAGAAUCCGAGAACGAUACCGCUAUUCCCAUAUCGCAGUUGAGGAAAGAGUGGGAUGGAUUAUGGGGCCCGCCUUUCGCUUUCUCCAAGGUCGCUCCUGUCGACCCGAAGUCGCAAGGCACUUCUAUAGCUACCGCCGGAUCCACCCCUACUAGGUCGAAGUCGCCCGUUUCUCCCGUUUCUUCUGCAUCUUCUGCUUCGUUGAAGUCGAAUAGGUAUGACGUUCUCGCAACCGAGGAAAAAGAGCUUGUCGAACCAGAGGAGCUGUUGACCGAUGCAGUCGAGGAGGAUACUCCUGCUGCGAAGAUGAGUAUACAGAGCGCACCAUCUGUACAUGGGGAGUCUCUCGCUACUCAAACAUUCUCACACCAAGUUGACGGGGAAAAGAACGUACAUCUGGCGAAUGAGAAUGCUGACGUUGGUGAGAAGACCAAGAAGAAGGGGAAGCGUGGCAAGAAGGGCGGAAGGAAGGUUAACAAGGCCAAGACCGACGCUGCCCAGUCUGCUGCGACUGAGAUUGUAAAGACUGAGCCAUCGACGUCCGAUGCUUCCAUCAGUUCGAAGCAGGCUGAAGAUGUUCCGCUGCCAGUUUCGCCAGCCAAGGUAGAGUCCACUGAAGGCCAGGUGGAGUCUACGCUCGAGGUCUCUGGACCGCUUCCCGUUGUUCAGGAGAAUGAUGGGGCCAUUGUCGAGCCCUCGACGUCGGUCGCACCGACAGAGAUAGAAGAACACAUCGAGGAACAAACCAUUGCUGAUCAGUUCAGGCUCAUCAAUGUUGAGGAUACUGAAGGGUCGCUAUUGCCUAUCGAAAGUCCGAUCUCAGAGCAGUCUGCUGCCUCUCCACCCGUGGCACCAUCUGAGCCAACAGUAGAGUCAUCCGAGAAGGCUCCCAUACAUAUCUUCCCUGUCGCUCCUCCUGUACCACUGCCUUCUACUGAAACUGCACAACCUCCUACACCCGGCAAGACGAAGAACCAGAGGCGCAACGAAAAGCGUAAGGAAGACAAGCAGGCGGCGACAUUGUCAAACAUAUACGACGUCCUCAUGUCUGAGCAAUCCGCCAAUGCGUCAACACCAGAUUCACCUGAUAAAAAGGAGGAUGAAAACAAAGACAAUAGCGAGGGUACUGCUCCAGCAGCCAAGAAGAAGAAGCGUGGCACAAAAGGCGGCAAGAAGGCGCAGGCGCAGAAGAAGCACCAGCCUGUAUCGGUCGUCGAAACUAUGGCUACUCCUAUCGCCGAGACGGUUGCUGGACCCGUCGUCCAGACUGCUGUUGCAACCAAGAUUCAGCCGAUCCAUCUGGCUUUGGGUGCUGUUGUUGCGAUUCUUGCUGGUGCUGUGGGAACUUGGGCUAUGAUUCAAUAG